ACGAGUUGACGCCAUGAGCAGUGGGGCAGAGACUACACCGCCUGGAGUCCUGCGCUGUGGCCAUGCUGGGUUCUCCUCGCCAGAGUGGCGCAAGGGUGUGUUCUUCCCGCAUGGGCUCAAGAAGGAUCAAGAGUUCUUCCACUACGCCAACCGGUACCCGACGUGCGAGAUGAACACCUCGUUCUACGGCAUCCCGCGUGAGAGCACCAUCCAGGGCUGGGCCAAGCAGGCGACGGGCAGGAGCUUCCAGUACGCCAUCAAAGUGCCGAAGAGCGUGACACACGAGAGCCAGCUGGAGGAUCCGGGCGACACGAUCCGGUUUCUGUGGAAGAGGCUGGCUCCGCUGCGCAAGGUUGGCGCUCUCGGCCCGCUUCUCUUCCAGCUCCCGCCGCGGUUUGCGCGUAGCCUGGACAAGCUGCAGCAGCUUGCGCUGGUCCUGCACGAGCUCGACGACAAGGAGCACUUGCGGGUAGCGUUUGAGUUCCGCCACCCAUCGUGGUUCCGUGCCGAUGUGUACGCCGUCCUGCGAGCCAACAACUGGGCGCUUGUCCUCUCAUCGCAUCCAGAUCUGCCGUGGGUCGAGGAGCUGACCGCAGACUGGACCUACAUCCGCUUCCACGGCAUCCGCCUCUUGCACGAGGACAACUACACCGACGACGAGCUCACCACGUUCACCACCCGCAUCAAGCGGUGGCUCGCCGAUGGCAAAGACGUAUUUGCCUACUUUCAGUUUGACAAGGGCUCCACAGGCCUCAACAACGCCGCCACGCUCAUCACGCAGGUCACCGGCAAGGCGCCCAAGCCGCAGGCCCCGGCCAAGGGCACCCUCAUGUCGUUCUUUGGCAAGCGUAAGCGCGACUCGCCGCCGCCGUCGGCUGUUCCGGACGACGGCGCAGACGACAUUGCAUCGUCGUCGUCAUCAUCAACACAGCCUAUCGCACUCGACGGUGACGAUGACAACGAUGACGCUGAUACCAACCCUUCGCCGACCAAGCGCCACAAGCCACUCUCUGCCGCGCCAGUCGUCAUCGACCUCUCGCCCGAGCCCGCGCCCGCCCUUGACCCGGGUGCCUAAGUAAUACCCCCGUCCCCCCC